AUGGCGGCCGAUGCCUCGGCCCCCACCCGUGAUGAGCACAUUCUCCCCGGACAGGUCUCGGAGCUUGGGCGGCAGCACCACGCACACGGCAGCUUUCACCACCAAAUAAACCAUCUGCACCGGGAAAAGCAGCAACGCGCCCAGCCAUUUCCAAAUCAUCCUCGUGUUCCAGGCAAGUCAGGGAGGCAAAAUUCUCUUCCAACCCGUCACAAAACCAAGUUAACAGAGAAAGAAAACCAAUACCCUUCAUGCACCCCUAGACGGGUGACAAGUCUUCGACCCCCUUCCAAAACUUGGGGCCAAGAGAUUCUUGGACUGGAACAAUCCUUCUCUCCCCCUAAAAAAACUGGGGCUGAGGCGGACGCUGGCUGCCGAGCUGCCGCCUGCGAGCCGGGGCUUGCUGCCUGCCGCCCUGGGCUUGCAGCUGGAACUGAACUCCCCUGUCACCGAGCCAGGCAACCCCUGCCUCCUCCCGAACGAGCACACGCCAGAAAGAAGGAGGAAGGGCAAAGUGUUCGGCAGCUGGGUCCCCCAGCCGGGCUGUUCGCGCUGUUGAGCGUUAGGCAGAUUUACCUUGAAGCAGUGAAAAACAGCAGUUACUACAUUGUACAAAUGUACAAAAGCAAGAAGCAAAAGCAGGCUUAUAGUAAAACUGAAGUUACUGUAUCUUGCCUGUAUAUGGUGAAAAGAAUUCUAGUUGCUUUUGUAUUACUGGUGUUAAUUGCUAUGGAUUAUAAUUCCUUCAAGGCAGAGAUUCCUCCUGAUGUUGACCAUCCAUCAAAGCUCCGCUUCUAUCAUUGCGUAUACACUCUGAUGGAAAUUCUGGCAAAAAACUUAGAAAGUUUGGGUAUUUUUGAGGAGCACAUACUUAUGAGGUUGAUUACUGAUGGACUGCCGGCAUGUAGGGAUUCAAAGCUCUUCAUAAAGGAUCUACAUUUCGAUGAGGUGCCAGUGAGGAUUUACCUCCCAAGAGUACCAUCUGCAAGCAAACGGAGAGGAGUCAUCUUCUUCCAUGGAGGCUGUGGGAUGUUUGGAAGCAUCAGAAGUCAUGAAAGGAUAUGCCGGUGCAUAGCCAGAAAAUCUGACUCAGUGGUUGUGUCUGUCGGGUAUCAUUUAUCUCCUGAGCAUAAGUAUCCAUCCCAAAAUUUGGACUGUCUCGCUGCUACUGUACACUUUAUGAAGACUGCAGAAAACUACGGGGUGGAUCCUGGUCGGAUUAUUGUUUGCGGGGAUAGUGCAGGGGGCACUUUUACUGCCAGCGUUUGCCAAGAACUGGUAAAUAGAAGAGAUAUCCCAAAAAUAUGUGCCCAGGUACUGAUCUAUCCACUUCUCCAAGCAUUGAACUUUAAUCUGCCAUCUCACCAGAAAAAUGCUUUCGUCGCCUUCUUGUCCCGAGAACGUACAGUCCGUUUUAUUCUGAAGUACUUGAAAAAGGAUUGCUCUAUGAAGGAAGCUAUUUUGGCAGGUUCUCAUGUUCCUGAGAGUAUGAAUUUGAAGUAUAGGAAAUGGAUAAAUCCAGAUCUUAUCCCAGAGAUAUUUAAACUGGGCUAUAAACCACCGUUACCCACUUCAUUUUUACCUCAAGUCCAUGAAGAAGCGAAAGAACUGUUUAACACAAGAUUUUCCCCCCUGUUAGCAGAAGAUGCUGUUGUUUGCUGCCUACCUGAUACCUGUAUAAUUACCUGUGAGCAUGAUGUGCUCAGAGAUGAUGGAUUGUUGUACAAGAAACGGUUAGAGGACAACAACGUAAAAGUGACCUGGUACCACAUGAAGGAAGGUUUCCACUGUGCCCUGGCAUUUUUUGGUUAUGGUAUUUUCUCUUUUCCAUCGUCAAGUAAAAUGGUGAACUACACCGUAAACUUUAUAAAAGGCUAUUAA